CCAGGGGACUUCGUUUUCGCACGAAAAAAUUUUAUGUGCCCUUAUUGCAUCCGGACCCACAAUUAUACGAAUUGUAUUACGACAUCUCAUUGUAUUUAAUUCCAUUAACUCCCUUGCAGGAUCUCGGUCUGGCCCCGAUCGGGAAUUCUGGUCGGGGCCAGGCCCCGCAUGAAACACGCCCAGAUCGGGGCCAGGUCGGGACUCCCGAUGGGGUAACCCGAUCGGUGCCCGAUCGGUACACGGGGUCACGUUUAAGGCACACAGAUUGAUACUUGCGGCAUGUAGUAAGCACUUUCAAGAACUUUUCGAAGGGAUGCCGCCCUCUCCUGCAGGGCUCAUCGUCAUCUUGGAUGGCACGAGUGCUCAAAAUAUGGCAGCCCUUCUCGAAUUCAUGUACCGUGGUGAAGUACACGUGUCCCAAGAGUCUCUCAGUUCCUUUCUAAAGGCUGCCGAAUGUUUGCAAGUGAAGGGUCUGUCGAUAGAACAGGAAAAGCUGGCGGUGGCUCAGAGGCAUGCCGUAGAGAACAAUAAUUCAUCGAUGGAUUCUGGUGGUGGCAACAUCACCGAAGUAGCUGAAACACCUGAAACUGGAAUUGCCCGGGGGGUCAUAAGAACCCCCACCCCCGCUCCAUCACCCGCCCCCAACAACUACUCUCUACCCAAUGCCUAUUCCUCGCCCCAUUAUUAUGAGAGCCCUCAGAAAAGACAAAGGUAAGCCCCUAUAUGAAAUAC